AUGUUCGCCUAUUAUCAAAAAGAAUGGCCGAACAAAAACCAUUCAGUAAUAUACGACGCGCUUAGCAAAGACUUGGAAGAAAUUAUUGUUUCCAAAUUUUUUAAUACGGAUACAACACGGGUUUUGAAGAAUAUUAGGGACACUUGGGAUGUAAGAGGACUGUGGGUCACUUCCUUGCGACAUAUGGGGACUGCGGGUCACUCGUAUGAUCCUGAUCGGUGGCGACUUUGGGGCUGUGGGUCACUGAAGUUUGGAAGUCUGGGGACUAUAUGGAAAAAAAUUUUUAUUAAACAAAGCCGUGAAAAAGUGGACAACGAACAUGUGGACCACCGAAAAGCCCAAUUUCAAUUGAGCGCCACGAAAUACCAAAAAGGUGUUGCCACGGUUGUACAUUCAGAAAUUGACAAGUGGACUGAAGAAGCGAUAAACGAUGAAGUCUCAAUCUCCAAGCGAUCUCAUGAAAAUGAAGAAGCGGUUGCUUCUAAGAAGCAACGUCAAACUAGACACGGAAGAAAUAUCCCAAAUUAUCGCGAUUCUGAUGAACCAGAAUAUGAACCAGAAUAUGAACCCAAGAAGAUAAGGAGAAAAAGUAAUACCCGUUAUUCACAGAUGACAGAAUCUCAACAAUCCACACCGUAUUUAACACCACCGAUGACGGAGAUCGCUGAAUCCUCAAGCUCAAAUUCAGAUUUAGGGGAUUUAGAAGGAUCUGAGACUAAAAACGCAAGAUCACAAUAUGUCCGUUAUGACUCUAGUUCUCAUGAAAGCACUCCAUGUCCAACUCGUUCGGUAAUAAUGACACCUAAUAUGACGCCUAAUAAACCCAUUGUUAAUCAAGCUCACGAAAACGUGAAUAAUAACCACGAUAAUGAGGAGCAUGCCUUUACCUUGGAUAGAGAUGAUAUUCCCGAAGAAGAAUUAGAAGACGAUCUUUUACAGGAAACCCCUGGUGCUAUUGUUGAUUGUAAAUUAAUUAUUAAUGAUGUAUGCAUCCGGUCAGCAAUGGAGAAAUGGCGUAAAUCGUCAAAAUACGUUGAAGAAAUACACAAGCAAGAUUUAAUGCGCUACAAUAUCAUCGACACGACUGCUUUAUCUGCAACAGAAGCACGAGAGCUCUUCGAGGAGCAUUGGGAUGAUAUCAUCAGCACUAUAGAAAAACUUUUAACAUUAAGCCCUAAUGCAACACAAUUAGCUUCGGCUUCUGCCUCCACCUCAGCUUCAUCUGAUCAAGACACAGUACAAGACGGGCAGGUAGAAGAAGUAAAGCAAUAUAUAAAAUACAUCUCGAAAAAUGUGAAUACUGCAAAGAGAUUGCGUGAAACCAUAAAAACGGAGCGUGCAAAGUUGCGGACUGAUGGUAACAUAAAAUGGAAGAGACGGGCCUUGGGGUUGAUGAAAAUCUUUCGGGAUCAGUUUCCAAAUGGUGUAAACUAUUUCAAAGAAGAUCAGACUGAAUAUGAUUAUAUAAUUAGGUUUAUUUCUCACGUCUAUACCAUAUUAUUUAAAGAAGAUAUUUUUGAAACAAGCCUGUCAUUAAAAGAUGAUGAUCGACGAUUCUCCGGCAAUAAAAUUGACGCGAUCAUAUCAAUGUUGGAUCUAGACUUAGAGAUCUCAGUCUUAGAAGUUUCGGGAUCUCCAACAUGUCUUGAUCAUACUCAUUACGUUGGAGAUAGAAAUAAAAUCGCGAAGAUGCUCAAGAUUAUCCUAAACUACAUCAAAAUUAACUAUUCGGGUUGCUAUGAAGACUUUAGGAGGAUAAAAGUAUUUGGUAUUCAAGUAUAUGAUCAUAACUUUUAUAUUUAUAGCAUGUGUUUUCCCUUUGCUGGCGUUUAUUAUUUCAAACUGGAAAAAAAGUUCUCUUGUCCGACGAUGACGUUUUUGCUCUUCAAGGAGUUGCCAAAGUUCGCCUCAAAUCUGUGGAUGAUGCGAGAUAUAAUUAUUUCAAGUACUGAACGGAUAUAUACUUACGUCACAAAUAUUAUUUCCGAAUCAAGUGAUGAUGAUUCUAAGAUUGAUAAAGUGAAGACCUCACCACCUGAGAAAAGAAGAAUAAUAGGAUAA